GGUGUGUCUGUGUGCGUUCUCCCUGCAGCGAUGAAGAAGGGCCGUUUCUGGAUCACCCCCGACCCCUACCACAACGACGACAACAUCCAGAUCGGCCGUGAGGUCAAGAUAUCCUGCCAGGUGGAGGCCACGCCCCCUGAGGAGCUGACGUUUGGUUGGCUGAAGAAUGGGCGUGCCUUGCGUAGCUCUGAGCGAAUGGUGAUCACCCAGACGGACCCUGACACCUCCCCUGGCACGACCAACCUGGACAUCAUCGACCUGAAGUUCACUGACUUUGGCACCUACACCUGUGUGGCUGCGCUGAAGGGAGGGGCAUACCUGAGAUCAGCAUAG